CGUCACGUGUCGUGACGUCACGGCGCGUCCGCCAGCUGAGCGCUCGCCCGGAAGUGAUGCGGCGGAGGCAGAGCCGGCCGGAGCCGCCGAGCAUUACAUGUGGAACCCAGGGAGCCUGAAGGAAGCUGUGAAGCUAAUGGAAUGAUUCCCUGUGUAGCUGAAACUACGAGUAGGAUUGUGCUCUGAAAAUCUCGUCAGGGAAGAGGAAGGAAGAACUUACUGCAGGGAAGAGCAGUGCUGGCAGUGCCCAGGCAGGAACUGUUCAGGUGCAGCGCUGGGCUCCUGGUAAGGCAAGUUAGCUGAGUGCUGCUAAUGGCAUGGUGAGAUGUGUUGAAGAGCAGCUGCGAGGGUGUCCAAGGGCAGGGGGACUGCGCUAGGAGCUGGUGUGCAACAUCAUGGGCCAGUGCGUCACCAAGUGCAAGAAUCCUUCUUCCACCCUGGGCAGCAAAAAUGGGGAAAGGGAAUCCGGCAGCAAGUCCCACAAGAGAAGUGCAGUCCACAAAGAUGACCAUGGCUCAGCUUGUGGGAAGGCUUCAGGAGACAUCCUUGUGAAUGGGACAAAGAAAACGGACACUGCUUUAGAGUCCAGUCAGCCCCCAACGUUUUCUGGAGAUACAAAGAAAGACUCUGUUUGCAGCGCAGAAGAAUCUUCGCUUCAAAGGAUCGGGGAGUUGUUCAGGAGGUACAAGGAUGAACGGGAAGAUGCCAUACUGGAAGAAGGGAUGGAACGAUUUUGCAAUGACCUCUGUGUUGAUCCCACUGAAUUUAAAGUACUAGUUUUGGCUUGGAAAUUCCAGGCUGCUACCAUGUGCAAAUUUACAAGGAAGGAGUUUUUUGAAGGCUGCAAAGCAAUAAAUGCAGACAGCAUUGAUGGCAUUUGUGCAAGGUUCCCCAGCCUCCUAAACGAAGCCAAGCAGGAAGAUAAAUUCAAGGAUCUCUACCGUUUCACCUUCCAGUUUGGCCUGGACUCUGAAGAAGGACAGAGGUCGCUACAUCGGGAAAUAGCCAUUGCCCUUUGGAAAUUAGUCUUCACCCAAAACAAGCCCCCUAUUUUGGACCAGUGGUUACACUUCCUCAUCAAGAACCCCUCAGGAAUCAAGGGAAUCUCCCGGGACACGUGGAACAUGUUUCUAAAUUUUACUCAGGUGAUUGGACCGGACCUUAGCAAUUACAGCGAGGACGAGGCCUGGCCGAGUCUCUUCGAUACCUUUGUGGAGUGGGAAAUGGAGCGAAGGAAAAAGGAAGAGGAAACCAAAUGUGUUACAUCUUUGGACACAGAGGGCCUGUGUGAGGAACAGACUUAGCGGUGUCCAAGCAGCAGUGACGAAAGCAACUUGUUGCCCUUCACAAAAUGUAAACUCUGGAUGUUUCUGGAAAUUA